UGUUUACGUUUUCAGUUGACGGCGUAAGUUUUGGUGUGGUGUUUGUGUUUUUGGAAAUUGACCGCAGGCCGUUUUGCACCUUUACACUGUCACUGGUCGCGGACGGUGGUAAUGUAAUAAGGAAACGUGCUGCCAGUUGUUUUUUCCAAAAGGAACACUUGCAUCUUCCGCUUUGCGUGCCACAGAAAGAGUAAAUCUGGCGACUGAAAUCAGAUACAGGAUUGGAAUGCGUUUGAUUUUGAAAAAGUUCAUCAUCCACACAUCGUCCGAUCACUUUUCAGAAGAAGGAGACUGCCUGGUUGAAAGCGAAAUCCACUUGCUCUGAACGAGGCCCCAAAAAUAUUAUUUCGGAGUUUUUUUUGUUUAUUUUUACCACUACCUUUUGUUUGCCACGGUGUAAGCCCCACCACUGCGGACAGUGUUCCUUUUCUGCAACCCAAAAUUACUCGAAAGACAUGGAAAAAGACGACUGCACUGGUGCCCAGGCGCCCAGAAAGCCGGCCCUGCGCCAGUUCGCUCCUUUGUUAGUGGCUAUGGUCGGAUUGCCUGGCAGGGGAAAGAGUUUGUUGGCGAAGAGGCUCUCCCGGUAUCUUAAUUUCACCGGGGAUUCCACUAGAGUAUAUGACAUAAGCGAAUACAGACGCAAACACAUGAACAAGUAUGCGACACACGAGAUGUUCCGUGCCGACAACCUGCCGGCAUGGCGAAUCCGUCAACAGAGCUUCCGCGAAGCGCUGGAGGACGCGGCCGAUUGGCUCCAACAGCCGGACAAUCAGAUCGCCAUCCUCGACGGUCCGAACGUUUCGAGGGCGCAACGUCAGGAGAUCUACGACUUAAUCUACGGACAACUCGGUUUCCGAGUAAUGUUCAUCGAAUGUGUAUGCGAAGAUCCCGUAUUAUUGGAGAGGAAUUUCAAGGAAAUCCUGCAGUACAGUGCCGAUUACCGCGAUAUGGCAACUGAGGAGUCCUUAAAAGAUCUGACCCAGAAAAUGGCCCAUUAUAAGGCGCAGUACGAGUCGCCCACGUUGGGCAGCAUCUGGGGUAUUCCCUGUCCAUUGGUUAAACUUCUAGAUGGAGGAGACGGUGGCGUAAUAGCGCACGGUGUCACCGGCACUAAAGAGAGCAAAAUCCUCGCAUACAUAUCUACACCGAGACCCUUCCAGCAAACAUUAUACUUCAGCAGACACGGCGAAAGCGAGUUUAACGUCGUCGGAAAGAUUGGCGGGGACGCGAACCUGUCGCCGAGAGGACGACUGUAUGCACAAUCUUUAGCGAAGCACAUCCACGCGUUGAACUUGCCUUCGUUGCAAGUCUGGACGUCCACGUUACAACGUACCAAAGCCACAAGCGCCCAAAUUCAAGCCCCCAAGCUACAUUUGCACGAGCUCGAUGAAAUCUACUCGGGAGAAUGUGAAGGCCUAACAUAUGAAGAACUACAAGAUUCUCACCCUCGCGAAUUGGCCUUAAGGGACAGCGAGAAGCUGACGUACCGUUACCCGCAGGGAGAAAGUUAUUUAGAUGUAAUGCGUCGCAUAGUACCCGUACUAACACAACUGGAGUGCGAAACGAACGUACUCACGGUCUCUCAUCAGGCUGUGCUCAGAUGCAUCCUCGGUUACUUCUUGGAAGUGCCUCCCGAGGAAGUGCCUUAUUUCCAUGUGCCCUUGCAUACCAUCAUUAAAAUCACGUUGCAAGGUUACAAUUAUAACAUGGAAACGGUUAAAAUGCCCAUCGAAUGCGUCAAUACGACUAGAGCGAAGCCGUCCAAUUGUUCCGAGAGUAGGACCAGGGACGACGCCCUGACUACUCUUCCGGCUCAUUACGAUUCAAUUUUGGCUUUGCAAAAUGUCAAUUUGAGCGCCACUACGUGCACCUAGCGUUCAAUAUGAAGCAAAUUGUUUAGUCCUAUGCUCUUAUUUUGUAUGAAGAGAAACUGCAAAUGAAUUUUGAGAUUGAACAUUUUUUUAUCCUGUCUGUUCUGGUCAAAUUAAGAGGAUGAGACUAAACUACACAGAUAUAGGAGAUCUUAUUUUGUGCUCCUUUUAUAGGGUUUAAAUAGUACUGUAGUGGAGAGUACAUGAAAUGGCUAGAUUGCACUGACGCAUGGUUUUCACGUUUUCUUGAGUUUAUCGAGUAUUCUGUAGAGACAUAUGCAAUAGAUUUUUAAGUAUUCAGCGAAUAUUUAACGUAUUGAUCUGUAGAUUGAUAAUUUUUAAUUAACUUGAAUUUUAAGUUUGUUUUGUGGUGUGGCUUUUUAUGUAUUAAGAUUACCUCAAUUAUAGACUUUUUGUUAUGUUAAGAAUUUAGUUGGCUUUCGAGAGGUCCGUUGUAUUAAAGGAACAUUUCUCUGAAUGAUGUAAGGCAAUAAUGAGCAAUUUGUACAAUUUAUAGUAUUAACUGUGAUUGAUUAGAGCAUUUUUUAUUUUGUCAUAUAUUUUCCUUGAAAAAUAUCAAUUGUAUUUUGGUUCUGUUCAAAGAAUAAAGAUAUGUAAUGUAUAUUUUAA